AUGGCGCUGAGCAGAGUUCGCUUGUUCCAGCCCCACGGGGAGGGCACCCGACUGCUGCCCCAGGGAUCCAGGCUGGUGGAGCUGCCCUACUCCUCCCUUGAUGAAGAUGAUGAUGAUACGGCCGAGCAGGACCCCGGGGUGUGGUACCCUGACUCCCCCAAACCCAGCCCCUUCAGCCGCUGUGUGCGCUACCUGGCCUUCCUCUGGAACCUCCUCUUCCUCCUGCUGGGGCUGCUGACCCUUGCUGUGGGGGUCUGGGGGCUGCUGACCAAGAGCUCCUUGCUCGGGGGGGAUCGUGGGGCGCCCCUGGGCUCGGACCCCAUGCUGCUGUUCGUGGUGGCGGGGCUGGGGGCCAGCGCCGUGUCCCUGGCCGGCUGCCUGGGCGCCCUGCGAGCCAGCCCCUGCCUGCUGCGCUUCUUCCUGGGCGCCCUGCUGGUUUUCGGGGGGCUGGAGCUGCUGGGGGGGCUCCUGCUGCUGCUGCUGCGGCGGCGGCUGCGGGAUGCACUGCGGGACCUGCUGCUGCUCUGCCUCCUACGCUACCAGGAGGAUCCCGACCUGCAGUUCCUGGUGGAUGAGGUGCAGCGGAGCCUGCAGUGCUGCGGCCUCGAGUCCUACCAUGACUGGGAGAGCAACCUGUACUUCAACUGCAGCUCCCCGGGCGUGCAGGCCUGCGGUGUGCCAGCCUCCUGCUGCCGGGAGCCCCUGCAGGGCGGCUCCGUGCCCAACGCCCAGUGUGGGUUUGGGGCGCUGGCGCUGGGCCCCAUGGCGGCCGCGGCCCUGCUGCACACCGAGGGCUGCGGGGCCGCCAUGGCCGCGGGGCUGCGGGGCCAGGCCGGGGCCAUCGCUGCCGGGGCCGUCACCCUGCUGCUGCUGGAGGCUGUGGGAGCGCUCAUGGCCCUGAGGGUGCUCAGGGAUGUCACGGCUGGGAGGGUGUGGCAGUGA